AUGGAGGCCUAUUAUGCGAGCCCAGCUAGCCAAAGCGGAGAGCAGCCUGGAAGGCAGAGCUUGUUUUUGGCACCAGCAUGGCUAAUUGCCUGCGGCGCGGGGGCCAUCCUCGGCGGGUUCUUCAUGCGGGGCACCCCCUUCAGCUGGCCACUAGUCAUGCUGGGGGCGGGCGUGGGACUGGUGGGUGCCACCAUGCUGUACCGGAACGUGAUGAGGGCCCGUCGCCAUAACGACGCGAUCGCUGCCGCCGCCGCGGGUGGCGGCGGUGGCGGCCUCCCGCCCGGGAUUCUGUCAGGUUUCGGAGCUGGCGGCCUCCCGCUGACGGCUGCCGUGAGGGCGCCGAUGGACGGCGCGUUUGCGGCCGCGGGAGUUGGCGGUGUCGGCAGUGCAGCCGCCGCCGCAGCCGCCGCCAGGCGUCAGGGCUCGGUUGGGCCGUCGCCGGUUCGGCAGGUCCCCGCCGUGUAUGUCGUUCUCUUAGAGAGAACCCAGCCCUUGGAGCUGUCUGCGGUGGCGGGGGCGGCGGCGGGGUCAGACGGGACUACGGCAGCAGAUGAUUCGGCAGAUGAUUCGCAUCUUAAGUUUGAGGCCCGCAGAUGUGGCUGUAGCUGCAGCCAUUGCAACGACGGAGGCUGCAGAGGUGGCUGUAGCCGCUGCGGUGGAGGGGCCGGCCAAUAUCAUGGCGGCCAGCGGGGGCCCUUCCUGCGGAGUGAGGAAGCCGACGUGGGUCCGUUCGCGGACGCCAUCGCGCUAGGAGUAAAGCUUGCGGCGCCGUCCUCGCAUGUACGGCGUAUACGGCAGGGGGCAGCGAGUCGGGUGGUUUUGGCAGGAGAGGAAGACAGCAAUUUGCCGGCGGAUGACGAUGGUGCACGUGCGCACGCUCGGCGGCGGGGUGGUGGGGUCACGGCCUCGAUUGGGGUUGUUCCGCCGGUUUCGGACUCGGAGGGGCCGACGACAUCCGGAAUGCCAAGGGCUUCGCAGGGGACGCAGCUGGAAGGUCAGGAGGAUGGGGAGAUGGGAGAGGCGGAGGAGCAAGGUAUUUGUGGGGCGGCUGGUGUAGCCGUUGAUGAUACGGCGGCUGCGGCUGCGGCUGCGUCGCCUGGAGGAUUUGCGCUGGUGUUGCAGCCCCGGCCGCAGCUGCUGGGGUUUUCUGUACGGCUCCAGGAGGAGCUGCCGCCGCCGUUGCUGCCGCUGCCGCCCUUACCGCCGCGACAGGAUCAGCAGGCGGCGCUGAACCCGCCUCAGCCGGCAGCGGUGCAGCUCCUUUGGCAGCAACACCAGCAGCAGCAGCAGCAGAUGGUGACCGGCAAAGCGACAUGCGUCGCGCGGAUGGCCUGUUAG